AUGUCGAUAGCAGCACUUGCAUUUUUAAUCUGUGUUCUUAGUUUAGCUUUAUACGCACUCCACCAAACCGAUCCAGUGACAACAUUACUUUCGUUUUGCAAACUACGGAUUUAUGUUCUUCAGUGUUUGUCUCUUACAUACCGAUGGUGUUUGACCGCUGCUUGUUUUGACCGAUUCGCUCUCUCAUCUAACGAUUUACAUCUGAGAAACUUCGCACGAGUACAAAUCGCACGUCGUACUGUUCGUAUCAUUAUAGUGGUGUGUACUAUUGCACCCGUGCAUACUCUCAUCUUCUAUAAUUUACGAGGACGUGUAUGUGGCAUUGUUUAUAGUAGUGCUGCCGCGCUCUAUCACAGUGUAUUCUCAACAUUGGCAUUUGCUGUUCUUCCCGUUUCAAUUAUGUUUGCAUGUGCUCGGUUAACUUAUCGAAAUCUGGUUCUCCAACGACGUCGUCAGCAAGUUCUUGUUGGGCAAAGAAGCAACUCGUUAAAUAAUUCAGACGAAGAGAAAAACAAACAAAAUCAACAAGUUCUACGGAUGUUGUUAGCACAAACGCUGUUUUAUGCAGUGACAAUAGCACCUUUGAUGUGCAUUUACAUAUAUAAUGCUAUUACUUUUCAGGUUACCAAUAAAUCAGCGGAUCGCAUGGCUAUCGAACAAUUUUGUCAAUUUCUGGCGGAACUCAUCAAUAUUCUGUUCGCUGUUUCUUCAUUUUAUUUAUACACAUUGGUAUCGCGGAUGUUUCGUCGUGAGAUAUUAAAUAUGUUUCGCUCUGUUCUUACUCGGGUGUGUCAACCGAAAAAUUUUCGACGCGUGACGCCUGUGAUACACGAUAUUCAACUGGCCACUGUACCAACUCAAAACUAA